GAAGCUGGAAGAACCCCCGCAUCAAGAAAUCUCAGUUCAAUAUCUCAAAAUAAUUCCCAGUUCAAAGUUUUUGGCGGGGCCUGAAAAUCAAGCUGCGCGGUGCUCGUAUAGUUACUUCCACAAGAACGCAAAACUAAUAUCUAUGGUUCCUCCCUCUGCAAAAAAUUCUAGGUUUCCCGUUUGGCUCUCCUCUCUCGCUGUCCUAAAUCUGGUUCCUUUCUUUCUAGUUUUUUCUUCUCUAAUGCCAUGGCUGAUGGCCGUCUAUCUUCUGAUGAAGUCAUUGCAAAGCUGAUUGAAAUGGGAUUUGAGAAUUCUUCCGCUGUUCAAGCUGUGAAGCAAGUGGGUCCAUUGUUUAAUGAUGCUGUUGAGUAUAUCUUGAAUGGUUCUUGUGGAGAUUGUAGGGGUGCACCUAGUAAUUCUGAAUGUUCCACAAAAAACAGCAAGGCUCUGGGCAAAAGAACGUUGUCAUCUGCUGUUUUGGGUCAAAUGCGUCAAUCUAGUAUAUUGGAUCAUUUCCAAUCCACAGGUAGACCCAAACGAAGAAGAACUAGCAAUGUACCUGACACAUCAAUUUCUGGUUCAGAGGUCUUAGAUCGUCCUGUAAAUGAAGUUAAGGAAUCAGUAACUAGCAAGGGGUGUGGUAACCUCGGAACUGUUCCAGAAGCCUUGCAAGUUAGCUUCAAAGAAGAGGUAGAACCGGGAUUACAUUGGGAACAGAGAGCUAAUAAUUUGUUACAAAAACAUUUUGGUUAUUCAUCCUUGAAGAGUUUCCAAAAGGAAGCUUUGGCUGCUUGGCGAGCUCACCGAGAUUGUCUUGUUCUUGCUGCAACAGGAUCUGGGAAAUCUCUGUGCUUUCAGAUUCCAGCAUUGUUAUCUGGGAAGGUUGUGGUUGUGAUUUCACCAUUGAUAAGCUUGAUGCAUGAUCAGUGCUUAAAGCUAUCAAGACAUGGGAUCUCUGCAUGCUUUCUUGGAUCUGGACAACCCGACAGUAGCGUGGAACAAAAAGCAAUGAGAGGCUUGUAUGACAUAAUAUAUGUUUGUCCUGAGACAGUGUUAAGACUAAUAAAACCACUACAGGGACUUGCAGAAAGUCGUGGAAUUGCUUUGUUUGCAAUUGAUGAAGUCCAUUGUGUUUCUAAGUGGGGCCAUGGCUUUCGGCCUGACUACAGGCGUUUGUCUAUAUUGCGGGAGAACUUUAAUGCUAGCAAUUUGCAAUUUCUAAAAUUUGAUAUACCACUAAUGGCAUUGACUGCAACUGCCACCAUUCAGGUUCGAGAAGAUAUUCUUGAAUCAUUGAGCAUGUCAAAGGAAACAAAGAUUGUAAUUACCUCAUUUUUCCGACCAAAUCUACGGUUCUUGGUAAAACAUAGCAGAACCUCUUCUUCAACAUCUUAUAAGAAGGACUUUUGCCAGUUGAUAGGCAUGUAUGCCAGAAAGAGAAAGAAUGGCAAUAAGAAACAAAUUAUGAUCUCAAAUGUAACAAGUGAUUGUUCUGAUAGCUCAACUGAUAUUAGCAUAUCAGAGGCAUAUGAAUAUAGUGAUGUGGACGAUGAUGUACAUUUAACCAAGGAAAAUGGGUCAACUCCAUCAAAGCAAAGAGAACUGUCAGCUGAAUAUUUGGAAAAUGAGCUUGAUGUCUUUCAGAGCGUGGAUGACUGGGAUGUUGCAUAUGGUGAGUUUUGCGGACAAUCUCCUCACAAGGAUUUGGAAAUGAGUGGGUUAGUUGAGACAGCUGAUGCCCCUGGUACUAUAGAAGAAAGAUUAGCCCUUUUGCAAGAGCCUUUAGAAGAAGGACCGACCAUCAUAUAUGUUCCUACAAGAAAAGAAACACUGAGCAUAGCAAAUUAUCUUUGUGAUUCAGGUGUGAAGGCUGCUGCUUAUAAUGCAUCGUUGCCUAAAUCACAUCUCCGACGGGUUCACAAGGAAUUUCAUGACAACAUGCUAGAGGUUGUGGUGGCAACAAUUGCUUUUGGAAUGGGGAUUGACAAGUUAAAUGUCCAAAGAAUUAUCCACUAUGGCUGGCCACAGAGUCUGGAAGCAUAUUAUCAAGAAGCAGGUCGAGCUGGAAGGGAUGGGAAACUAGCAGAAUGCAUUCUAUAUGCGAACCUGUCAAGAGUACCAUCACUUUUGCCUAGUAAAAGAAGUGAAGAUCAGACAAAACAAGCAUACAAGAUGUUGUCUGAUUGUUUCAGAUAUGGAAUGAAUACCUCAUGUUGUCGAGCUAAAAUCCUUGUGGAGUAUUUUGGGGAGGAUUUCAGUAAUGAGAAGUGUCUCUUGUGUGAUGUGUGUGUUGAUGGGCCUCCUAAAGCGGAGAAUCUGAAAGAGGAGGCCAAUAUAUUAAUGCAAAUUAUUGCCUCCCAAAAUGGACAGAGCUGUUUUCUUGAUGGUUCAUACGAUGAUACAUACAGUGAUUCUAAAUCACAUAGAUUAAUGCAGAAGCCAAACCUCAGAAUGUUUGUUAGUAAAUUAAGAGAGCAGUCCCAAAAAUUUUGGGAGAAAAAUCAGCUAUGGUGGCAAGGUCUUGCAAGGGUCAUUGAGGGUAAAGGAUACAUCAGAGAAGGCGAUGACAAGAUUCAUGUUCAAAUAAAAUUCCCAGAGCCAACAAAACUGGGAUUGGAGUUUCUGGAAGUUGAAAGAGAUAAACCUUUCUAUGUUUAUCCUGAAGCAGACAUGCUGCUUUCAAUGAACAAAUGCAAAUCUUAUUCUACUUUUGCAGACUGGGGAAAGGGUUGGGCUGAUCCUGAGAUCCGCCGUCAGCGCUUAGAAAAAAGGCGGCUGGAUAGAAAGCCAAGAAAGCCAAGAAGAAAGAGAAAAUCCAGGAAAAGGAAACCAGAUAUGACUACUGCUAGAGGGAGAAUAACAGCUAAACUCUCAAAACUGGGGUGAUCCCAUUAUAUUUUGGUUUCUUUUCUCUAGUCAAAGAGUGGUGCAACGUCCUCCAUCCCCAAGGCCCCAACAAGAACUGAAAAUCAAAGGGACAGUUUUGCAGAAUGCAGAGUUAUUAUUUAAUAGGAGAUUAUGGAUGAUAAUUGAUUUAGUUUGUAUAGCGACAGACUACUACCUAGAAUUGAUUCAGUUGUUACAUUUAGGAGUAAUGGGUCAAAUAUUUACUCAUGCAAA